UUUCAAAUGUUAUGUAAAGUAAUAAAAAUCAAGCCAUGGUGAAUAAAACUCUGGAUGGAAAGUGGACUUUAAAAGAAUGAAAGUGAGGCGUUGGAGAAGGAAAGAUAAACAUCACUUAAUUCAGGAGAUGGGUGUUCUUGAUGAUCAAAAUCUUCUUUUAGAAGCUGCACUUCUGCAGGAGGAGAAUAUUGACCUUUUUACUGGAGACGGCUCCGUUGAUUUUGAAGGGAAAUCUGUUCUCAAGAGCAAAACUGGAAAUUGGAAAGCUUGCUAUUUCAUUCUUGGUAAUGAGAUUUGUGAACGUCUUGCCUUUUAUGGCGUCAACACAAACUUGGUUAGUUAUCUCACCCAAAAGUUGCAUGAAGGAAAUGUCUCCGCUGCAAGAAUGGUCUCCACCUGGUCAGGAACAUGUUACAUAACACCUCUUAUUGGAGCUUUCUUGGCUGAUGCGUAUUGGGGAAAGUAUUGGUCCAUUGCUGUCUUCUCCAUCAUUCAUUUCAUCGGAAUGUCUACUUUGACGCUAUCGGCAUCAGUUCCCAUGUUUAGGCCUGGUGAUUGUGAAGGUUCUGUUUGCCCUUCCGCAACUCCAUCACAGUAUGCAAUAUUAUAUACGGGGCUUUAUCUUGUUUCACUAGGAAUGGGAGGAAUCAAGCCAUGUAUCUCCUCGUUUGGCGCAGAUCAAUUUGAUGACACUGAUUCUUAUGAAAGGAUACAGAAGGCAUCUUUUUUCAACUGGUUCUAUUUUACUAUAAGCAUUGGUUGUCUGAUAGCAAGUACUCUUAUUGUUUGGAUACAAGAAAAUGUGGGAUGGGACAUUGGGUUUGGAAUUCCCUCCUCUUUUAUGGUGAUUUCAAUUAUAUUUUUCUUUUGUGGAACUCGGCUCUACAGGUUUCAAAGACCUGGAGGAAGUCCCUUAACAAGAAUAUGUCAGGUCUUAGUUGCAUCAAUAUCAAAGUUCAGAUUAAAGGUUCCAGAAGAUAGUAGCCUUCUGUACGAGACUUCAGAUACACAUUCAACAAUUGAAGGGAGUCGGAAGCUGGAGCAUACUGAAGAAAUCAAGUUCCUGGAUAAAGCAGCUGUAUUGUCGGCUACUGAAUUGCAAACUGGGGAUUUCUCCAAUAAUUGGAGAUUGUGCACUGUAACACAGGUCGAAGAACUAAAGGUCUUGAUCCGUAUGGCACCUAUUUGGGCAACAUCAAUCAUCUUUUCAGCUGUUUACGACCAAAUGUCGACUACAUUCAUCGAGCAGGGAAUGGUCAUGAACAGAAUGAUAGGUCCUUUACUUAUCCCAGCCGCAUCUUUGUCAACCUUCAGUAUUUUCAGCAUUCUUUUCUGGAUUCCUUUCUAUGAUAAGAUUCUCGUGCCUUUAGCUCGGAAAUAUACUGGCAAAGCAAAAGGGUUCACCGAACUACAAAGAAUGGGUAUCGGCCAAGUAAUCUCCAUUUUCUGCAUGUUAGUUGCCGGGUUAAUAGAGAUCAGGCGAUUGCACUUUGCAUCAAAACUGGGUUCGUCCAAUGAGACAGCUGCGUCCUCACUUAGCAUCUUCUGGCAAAUACCACAAUACUUUUUGAUGGGUGCUGCAGAGAUUUUCUUCUACAUUGGAAAAAUGGAAUUUUUCUACGAUCAAUCACCUGAUGCCAUGCGAAGUUUAUGCACUGCAUUCUCGCUCUUAACAUCGUCAUUGGGAAGUUACUCAAACUCUCUAGUCCUAACGAUUGUGACAGCAGUUACAACCGCAGGAGGUAAACCUGGAUGGAUACCAGAUAAUCUGAAUAACGGUCAGCUUUAUAAUUACUUCUUUUUAUGGGCUGGUCUCAGCUUGGCGAACUUGUUAGUGUACGUUAUUUGUGCUAUGAAGUAUAAGCAAAAGAAGUGUUCAUAAGGAUUCUGUUGCAAGUAUGAAGAUAUUGAGUUACUCCAGAUUCUAACUUCAGGAAAGUGUGUUACAUGGUUAUUAUAGAAGGGCGCGGCCGGCCAUCCCUACUUGCACCAUAACAUGUGUACAAGUAGCUGAAUAUGUAAAUUCUUUAACCAUUAAGGAAAAUCUGUGAUCAUUGUACUAUAAUAGUUGUAUAUGUUGAAAUUUCUUAAGGUUUAAAGAUUACUCAUUUAUAC